AUGAUAAAACUCCUCUUCGUGGUAGCCAUUUGGGUUUCUCUUCUCUUUAGCCUCAACGACUUUUUCAGCGAGAGACCAAAUCAUGGAGAAUCUAUGUUGACAAUUCAUUUCCCUGACUUCCGUCUUAUUCCGACCACCGGAGCUUUGGGACCGGAGAGUUUCGUCUUCGAUUUCUCCGGCGAAGGUCCUUACACCGGUUUAUCUGACGGUCGGAUUGUUAAAUGGUUGGCUAAUGAGAGCCGUUGGAUCGAUUUCGCCGUCACCACCCCAACAAGAGAAGGUUGUGAGGGCCCGCACGAGCACCAACGAACGGAACACGUGUGCGGGCGACCACUGGGCCUGGCCUUUGAAAAAUCCACUGGUGAUCUUUAUAUCGCCGAUGCUUAUAUGGGCCUUCUAAAAGUUGGCCGAGAAGGUGGUUUAGCCAACCAGAUGUUGACACGUGCAUUGGAUGAGCCCCUCAGGUUUACCAACGGACUGGACAUAGAUCCACGAACUGGGGUUGUCUAUUUUACCGACAGUAGUUCGGUUUAUCAACGGAGGAAUUAUAUAGGGGCAAUGAUGAGUGGGGACAAAACAGGUAGACUCAUGAAGUAUGACCCAAACACGAAACAAGCGACCACUCUUCUAACCGACCUAGCGUUCGCAAACGGUGUCGUUCUUAGCCAAAACGGUGAUUACCUUCUCGUCGCCGAGACCGCCACGAGUCGUAUCCUACGUUACUGGCUCAAUGACACGUGGACGUCGACGCCAAAACCUCGCCAAAACUACGAGGUUUUCGCGGAUCGGCUCCCAGGGUUUCCCGACAACAUAAAGAGGAGUCCACGUGGCGGAUAUUGGGUAGGCUUGAACACGAAACACACAAAGCUGACAAAGUUCGCCGUAUCUAACGCGUGGCUUGGACGCGCCGCCUUGGGACUACCGGUGGAUUGGAUGAAGGUCCAUUCGUUUUGGGCCACGUUCAAAGGGAACGGCAUGGCCGUGAGGCUGAGCGAGGGUAGUGGCGUAAUUACAGAGGUUUUCGAGGGUAAAAAUGGAAAUAAGUGGAUUUCCAUAAGCGAGGUGGAAGAGAGAGACGGUACUCUAUGGGUUGGAUCGGUGAAUACUCCUUUCGCUGGCAUGUAUAAAUUAGAAUUUGAUUAA